CAAUUCAUCAUUUUCCUCCCCACAUUCGUCAUGCUCGCUUCGGACGCUCUGACAUAUAACCCCCUGUCCAUUGGCCACUUCCAACACCACCACGAUUAUUGAUCGAUAUCCUAUACUUCUGAGUUUCAUUCUUUGAGCCAUACUGUAACAACUCCAACGCCCUCAUGGCCUCCGCCACAGGCAUCCCCCAGCUGCAUCCUGACAGCAUCGAUUCCCGCGAGGACUCUCCCCUGUUGUCUACUCCCGGCAAUGGGCCUCAGUCCGACGACGACAAUGCUUCUCUGUAUCCCAACCUCUUCCGAGGUACUGCCCUCGCUGCCCAAGUAGGCAUCUGGCUGAUCAUCAUCCUCGUGUGGACCGGCAUCCUCUCGCAUCCUCUCAUCUUCUUCUCCCCGCACCCACUCCUCAACUCCGCCGCCCUCCUCCUCCAAAUCCAGGCCACCCUCAUCCUCCAACCCACCGCCACCGCCGUCCAGAAACGCCGCGGCACCGUCAUCCACUACACCAUCCAAGCCCUGAGCGUGCUGGGCUUCCUGGCCGCGUUUCUCAUCAUCGAGAUCAACAAGGGCGAUCACGCCCGCUUUACCUCCCCGCACGGCGUGCUGGGGCUGGUCACCUACAUCGUGAUCAUCCUGCAGGCUGCCGGCGGCGUGGUGCAGUACUUCCUGCCCCGACAGGUGUUGGGCAGUGUCGACCGCGGCAAGACCCUGUACAAGUACCACCGCCAGUCCGGGUAUCUGCUACUGGGGCUGGAGCUGGCGACGGUGGCCGCGGCGACGCAGACGACGUACAACCUCAAUGUGUUGGAUAUCCCGCUGUGGGGGGUGCUGAUUGGGGCGGUUUUGGUGGUGGUGGGCGUUGGGGCGAGGGUUCGGAAGCAUAAAUUGGGGUUUUAGGGGUGAAGACCUCGGGGGAAUACAAUAUGGGUUUGGAGGGGGAGAGGAGGAGGGGUAUGGUAUAGUUGGUUUGGUUUGGUGCGUGGGGGUGAUGGUGAGGGCUAUAUGAGUGAGUGGCUUGGGAUGUGAUAUGAUUGUGGUACAGAUUGUCUCUCCGCAUAGCAUGUAUGUAUGUCAUGAUUGGGUUUUUCUAGAGAUGUUUCCACCUUAUCAAUGGGUGGGUUAUUCAUGUCCCUACUAGUGAAUGAUUACUUCAAAUGAAGAGCCUUGCUCC